UUUUCUAGAAGAUCGAAGAGAUGCACAAGAGAUACGGUAUACCGGGUUUGAAGUCCGUGCUUGAAUAAGCUCCCUUGUUGAAGAGACCUAGGUCCCAUUGUGCGGAUAACCCCUCGAGAAGUCCAGAUCGUCGAGCCCGCCAUGUACGAUGAGAUCUACGCCGGUAACAGUCGCAAGCGAAACAAGGACCCGGUCUUUGUCUCCUCCUUUGCAUCCCCAUUCUCGGUAAUACCCACGAUCGAUCAUGAUCUUCACCGCGCGAGGCGAAGUUUGUUGAAUCCCUUCUUCUCGAAGAAAGCGGUAAUGGAACUCUCCACGGUCAUCCAAGAGAAGAUCACCCGGCUACCAUGGCAUCUGGAGAGAUUCUAUGCAGACGGAACGGUGAUUGCACUACACACGGCCUUCAUCAAUCUGACAGGGGACACCAUCACCCAUUACUUGUACAGUCAAAGACAAGGGCUACCUAUCUGAUCCAGAUCUUACCAAACGUGACUUCAUCUGGCAGCUGAUGUUGGAAGGCACCAACUUAUGCCAUUUGUUUCGAUUUUUCCCCACCAGUCCUCAACUGAUCAAGGCUCUGCCUGGCCGUUGGAUGCGUCUCAUCCGUCCUAAACUCGCCCAAGUCUAUUCAAUGCAGGAGCAGAUCGCACAGCAGUCACGAGGCGCCCUGCUCAACAUAUAAUGCCCUCCCUUCGCUGGAAAGCUUGUCCCAUCCUACUUGGGAGUCAGCCUAGAAACCAAGCCAAGCAGUUCUUCUUCGCACACAGGGCUAACACAGAUCCCGAAACUCCGUUUGCCGAGUAACGAACAGUUCAGCCUAUGCGAAAUUGUACAUGACUAUUGCAUCGUUCGUGCGGCGGUUCGACCUCGAGCUCUGCGAUACUAAUCCCUAGGAUAUGGAAUUCGUUCGGGAG